UCUUUAAUAAUAACCAAGUAGUACUAUAUAGAAAUAGGAGGAGAAGAGACUUGGGUUUGGUGGUUGGUGUUGGUGGUUGGUGGUGGUAGUGAUGGGCAGACAACCUUGUUGUGACAAACUUGGGGUGAAAAAGGGGCCAUGGACAGCAGAGGAAGACAAGAAACUCAUCAAUUUCAUCCUUACUAACGGCCAAUAUUGUUGGCGCGCCGUCCCCAAACUCGCCGGACUCCGCCGCUGUGGCAAGAGCUGCCGCCUCCGAUGGACUAACUAUCUCCGUCCUGACUUGAAGAGAGGUCUGCUCACUGAGUCUGAGGAACAGUUGGUCAUUGACCUCCAUGCUCGUCUUGGCAACAGGUGGUCUAAAAUUGCAUCAAGAUUGCCUGGAAGGACUGACAAUGAAAUCAAAAACCAUUGGAACACCCACAUCAAGAAAAAGCUUCUGAAGAUGGGAAUCGAUCCGGUAACCCAUGAGCCCCUCGCCAACAAAGAAUCGAAUCCAACCGAGCCAUCAUCUAAUUCAGAACUUUCCCGAGAAACAAACAGCAACAAUCAAGAACAAUUUCAAGAAACUAGUAAAGUCAUCAUCCCAAGCUUAGAGAAGAAGUACUCAUCAGACUCAUCAACUGAGAAUUGCUACGAUGACCCGUUAAUGGGCUGCCUAUGGGGGGAUGAAUCUUGGGAAUUUCCAGCUUCUGGGCAUAGUUUCAGUGACAUUAGUUUGCCAUCUUUGGAUGAAAGUUGUGCUUGGCUGUUGGAUUGCCAGGAUUUCGGUGUUCAUGAUUUUGGUGUCGAUUGCUUCAAUGAUGUCAAUGUCAUGAACACGUUAAACACGUGAUAUUUUAUAGUAACAUUAUGCCGAUCAAAUUUAAAUACCAAAUUUUAGAUAUAGACUGUAUAAUAUUUAAUAUUUGGUAUCUGAAUUUGAUCAGUUUGUGUAUAUAUAUUGUAACAGAGUAUUAUGGGCAGGCCGAAAUGAAACCUCGCUUGUUUAUAGAGACUUCUAAUUAUGAUCACCAACCAAAUCCAAAUCAAUUAAAUGAAGGUUAUAUCGUUUAAAUAUGUUGUACUUAAAGGGCUCUGCACGUUGGACAUAUCAAAAUGUUAGGAUGGGCCUUGUGAAUGUGAAGCCUUUUGUAUAUAUGUAUGUAUUUAUGUUGAAAUUAAUAAAGAGAUAUAUUAUUUGUUUUGCUGUGA